AUGUCCGAUUUGGCUAGAGAUUUAUUAACUCAAUAUUACGGACUCGGUGCAGAAUCGAAUAGCAAAAGGUGUUUGUCGAUUAAUCGUUGUAUCCAAAACAUAAAGAACAAAGAGGAGAAACAAGUUACUGAACAAACCUCCUUAACCAGCAAGGAAGAAAGUGUGUCUGAUGUAGAGUCUCAGAAAGACGAAGAUGAAAACCAGAAACCAAGUAUUGCGAACGAAUUGUACGCACGAUCUUCGCGAGUUUUAAACAGCAUGGAAGAUGCAUACAAUGAUGAUGAAACUUUCGAUUUGAAAGAUAUCGAUUUUGGGCCGAAUAUUAUGUGCAAUAUUUUCGAAAAUACGCUACAUGAGCAAUCAGCAAACGAUAGCCCUACGGAUUGUAUUGAACAGAAUAUCGAAGAUCUAGGAACAGUAACAAAGAAAGUAAAGGGUAAAAAUAAAAAUGAUUUAAGUUUAGGAUUCAUCGAUGACAUUUACCCGGAUAAUGCUUCAGAAGAUUCUUCCGCAACAGUGAAAGAAUCACGAAAAUCUUCAAAGAAUACUAUAAGUUUACCACCAUUAGCUCUAAAAAAGGAACCCGUAUACGGUGAAAUAUUCGUAGACUUUUCUAAUAUGGGCUUGAAACAAUUUCCCGCGGAAAUAUUGAACAAUUUUUCGCAUUUAAGGAUGUUGUAUUUGUCGAACAACGGUUUGAUCGAAAUUCCUGACGAAGUUUUCAGUUGUUUAAUGUACUUGGAGUGGUUAGAUGUCAGAAAUAACCAACUCUCUUCCUUCCCAGCUAGUAUCAAAGGGCACAUGUGCUUAGAAACGAUUCUACUUCAAGGAAACAGAGUGGAAAAUCUACCGUUGGAACUUUGUAAGCAUUCAUUGAAAGCUUUUCAAUUUUUUCCACUUUUUCCUUUUCAGUAUUUCAUCUACGUGUAGCCAUAAUGUGAACGAAUAAUUUGUAAAAGAAUAAGCAUUGUUACUGUAUUU